AUGACAGACUACCACCCGAAGAGCAACAUCCUCUGCCGCAACGUCACCAUCUACGGCCACUGCCGCCACGAGCACACCGGCUGCGUCUUCAACCACGACCCCGCCAAGGUCAACUCCUCCCAGUCCGAGAACGUCAAGAAACGCUUCAACGUCGACUCCCCCUCCUUCACUCCGCUCCAGCCCGCUACCAACGGCGCCGCCUCCUCCUCGCCCCGGCAGACGACCAUCUCCCCAAAGGCCGCCAAUGCCGCCGUCUUCACCCCCAAAAAGUCCAACAGCUUUGCUCCGGGGCCGCCCAAGGACGCGACCCCCGAGUGGCACGGCCAUGACUUCCAGGAGUUUGUCCCUCAGGGCUUCGAUGUCCAGGGCGACCCGGCCGUGUCUGCCGCAGCGCUAAACUCAUUCGACACCUUUGCCGUGUCGUCGGCCAUGGGCGGCAUCAGCCCAGCCAACCAUGCCGCCCAACUCAACCCGUACAGUCAAGAGACGGCCGCCAUGGCUGGAGCGGCCUACUUUCAAAACGCGGCCGGUUUCACUCAGCCGAUCCAAUACCAUCUUUACGCACCCAUGGGGCCCCACCCGGAGAAUCUCCUCGUAUAUCAGAAAACCACACAUGAUUUCUUUAUCCCUGAUCAGCUGCGGGAGGACUUGCAACGCAAGUCCGAGGCACAACGACAAAUACUCCCCAACUCCUCUCUGCCUAGCGCUGUCGAUCACUUCCAUUCGCUGGUGCCCUUGGACACAAACAAUCAACGAAACAAUGCUCUUUUUGGAUAUCCCACCUGGGUUUACAAAGCCGUUUCGGGCAAAGACGGUCUGACUUAUACGCUUCGCAGGCUCGAAGGCUACCGCUUGACGAGCGAACAGGCCAUCUUUUCCGUGCGCCCUUGGAAGCGCAUUGACAACGGCAAUAUCGUUACCAUUCACGACGCAUUCACUACCCGGGCCUUUGGCGACAGCUCGCUCAUUUUUGUGACUGACUACCACCCUCUCUCCAAGACGCUCUCUGAGCAGCACCUCAACACCACUCCGCGUGGCUUCCACAACAGGGUGAACACGAGCACCAUCCCCGAGUCGGUUCUCUGGGGCUACAUUGUGCAGAUCGCUUCUGCAUUGAAGGCGAUGCACAGCAACAAUCUGGCAGCGAGACUCCUUCACCCCAGCAAGAUUCUAGUCACGUCCAAAAACAGAAUCCGUAUCAACAGCUGUGCUAUUCUUGACUUGAUUCAUUUUGAAAGCUCGCGCCCGAUGAACGAGCUUCAGCAAGAAGACCUUCAACAGCUCGGUCGCCUGAUCAUCACCAUCACAAGCAAUAAUUCUAUCAACCCGGCAAACAUGCAAAAGGCUGUAGAAGUGUUGUCUCGCAGCUACAGCAAAGAUCUCAUCGAGUGCGUGUCUUGGCUUUUGAGCCCUCAGGAUUUGCAGUCCAAGGAUGUCAAUACCUUUUUGGCGUCGAUUGCAGACAAAGUCACGAUUCUCCUUGACAACACCUUCCACGCCGAAGACACUCUCACGUCCAACCUUGGCCGUGAAUUGGAGAACGGACGUCUCGUGCGCCUCAUGGCCAAGCUUAACUUCAUCACCGAGCGUCCCGAGUUCGACAAUAACCCGCAGUGGUCGGAGACCGGCGAGCGCUACUACCUCAAGCUCUUCCGUGACUACGUGUUCCACCAGGUAGACGCCAACGGCAACCCAGUCGUCGACUUGGCGCACGUCCUCAACUGCCUCAACAAGCUGGACGUGGGCACGGAAGAAAAAGUAUCGCUGGUGAGCCGUGACGAGCAGAACGUGCUGGUCGUCAGCUACAAGGAAAUCAAACGAGGCGUGGAGCUGGCGUUCCAGGAGCUCCUCAAGCCGAAGCGUAGAUAA